CUGUUUACUGGGUCGGGUUUUGGGAAAGCGCCAGAUUGCAUCAGACAGGGCCUGAGGAGGACACGUGGUCUUAUAAGUUGGGGCCAGUGAACAGGGAGGUGUCGGGAAACCAGACACAAACAAAGCUUUUGAAGACGACAGAGAGACAGACAGCGAGAGAGAGUCAGAUACGAUGGCCUCCUUGCCGAGAGCAGCCAGCCCGGCCCAGCAGCCCCCAGACCCAGAGGACGAAGACCCCAGCCUGGAUGAGUAUGACCUCUAUAGCCUGGCUCAUUCCUACCUGGGGGUGGGAGGCCGGAAAGGUCGCACCAAGAGAGAAGCUGCCACCAACACCAACCGUCCCAACCCUGGUGGCCAUGAGAGGAAGCUGGUGACCAAGCUCCAGAACACGGAGCGGAAAAAGCGAGGGGCACGGUCCUGAGGCGGAGCUGGAAAUGAGGCCAGAGCACCGACACCACCCAGCGACGGAGACAGGACCGCGGAGAAUCGGAGAAUGGGAGAAUCGGCACCUGGGGGCAGGGCCCAGGCCUGCUUCCCCCCCUUCUCUCCCCCAGGACUCAUCCUACCUGACUGAGGCUCUGAGGGGCCACCAAGGAAGUGCCCCCAGCCCCAGCAAAAGGACAAGAUAGGGAGUAAGAGGCAGGGAAUGGAGAGGCAGAGUCGCAAAAAAAAAAAAAAAAAAAAAAAAAGCCCCUAAAAAGAAAGACAGCAAACAAAUUGGACCUCCCUAAGGGUGGGAAGGACAAUAAACAAAGUACAGCUUCA